AUCUAGGCACGACAUUUGGGAAUGUAGUUUGGCACCUGUGUGCUUGAAUUGGAAUUUUUGCUUUAGGCCGUGACGGAGAGUUAACGGAACACUGGAAUACUACGAGCUGGCGACACAACUUCCAAGACAGGUGUUGGUUGACACUUUCAGUGCUUCAGUAUGAGCAAUAGCCACCCAUUACGACCGUACACAUCAGUUGGUGAAAUCGACCAUGUUCAUAUUCUGUCAGAGCAUAUUGGUGGUUUGGUGAAUCGAGAUGAGUACAGUGAUGUAACUUUCAUUGUGGAGAAGAAGCGAUUUUCAGCUCACAGAGUCAUUUUGGCUGCCAGGUGCCAGUAUUUUAGAGCAUUGCUUUAUGGAGGGAUGCGAGAAUCACAACCUGAGGUCGAGAUACCACUCGAAGACACUACAGCAGAAGCCUUUGGCAUGCUGCUUAAGUACUUGUAUACUGGUAGAGCUAUGCUUCGUGAUGAGAAGGAAGAGGUCCUACUAGAUUUCCUCAGCUUGGCUCACAAGUAUGGUUUCCCUGAACUAGAAGACUCCACCUCCGAGUAUCUCUGUACCAUCUUGAACAUUCAGAAUGUUUGCAUGAUCUAUGAUGUUGCCAGUCUCUACUCACUUUCGAAGCUCACCUCCACAUGCUGCUUGUACAUGGACAGAAAUGCUCAGUUGGUGCUGUCUAGUGAGGGGUUUCUCACACUUUCCAAGGCUGCUCUGCUUAGUAUUGUGAAGAGGGACUCUUUUGCAGCCCCAGAGAAAGAUAUUUUUCAAGCCCUAAUUAAUUGGUGUCAGCAGAACCCAACUGAGAACCAUGAUGAGGUCAUGGAAUCUGUCCGGUUGCCACUUAUGAGCCUAACUGAGUUACUCAAUGUUGUUCGACCAUCUGGUCUUUUGUCCCCAGAUGCAAUUUUGGAUGCCAUCAAAGUUCGAUCUGAGAGUCGUGACAUGGACCUGAACUACAGAGGCAUGCUUAUUCCUGAAGAGAACAUUGCCACUAUGAAACAUGGAGCACAAGUAGUAAAGGGGGAGCUUAAGUCUGCUCUACUCGAUGGAGAUACACAGAACUAUGAUUUGGAUCAUGGCUUCACCAGGCAUCCAAUUGAAGAUGAUUGCCGGUCAGGCAUUGAAAUAAAGCUUGGUCAACCCUCCAUCAUUAACCAUAUGCGUUUAUUGCUCUGGGACAGAGACAGUAGGUCUUACUCUUAUUAUAUUGAAGUAUCCAUGGAUGAACUGGAUUGGGUCCGUGUAAUAGAUCACUCUAAAUUUCUGUGUCGUUCGUGGCAGAAUCUCUACUUUAGGCCUUGUGUAUGCAGAUAUAUCCGAAUUAUUGGAACUUACAACACUGUGAACAAGGUAUUUCAUCUUGUGGCUUUUGAAUGUAUGUUUACCAACAGACCUUUCACACUUGAGAAUGGAUUACUAGUUCCUACAGAUAAUGUUGCAACAAUAUCAGCAUGUGCUAGUGUGAUUGAAGGCGUCAGUCGAAGCCGUAAUGCCCUCCUGAAUGGCGACACUAAGAACUAUGACUGGGAUUCAGGCUAUACUUGUCACCAGCUAGGCAGUGGUGCUAUCGUUGUACAACUGGCACAGCCUUACAUGAUUGGUUCCAUAAGGUUAUUGUUGUGGGACUGUGAUGAUCGUAGUUACAGUUACUAUGUAGAAUUCUCCACUAAUCAACAGCAGUGGACUGUGGUUGCAGAUAGAACGACUGUUGGAUGCAGGUCUUGGCAGAUACUGUCAUUUGAGAGACAACCUGCAUCAUUAAUCAGAAUAGUUGGAACACACAACACAGCCAAUGAGGUGUUCCAUUGUGUACACUUCGAGUGCCCAGCACAGUCGGAAGACCAUAAGGAAGACAUUGUUAAUGAAGAUCUAUCGGCAGUACCAGGCCCAAGCAGGCAAGACUACUUGUCUCGUCCUCCACAGGCACCCUCUGCAAACUUUCAGCAACCGUCACAUUCUGCUUCUCGACAACACCCUCACCAUCUAGCUCUGUAACUGGCAGAAGACAUUAUUUCAUCAUCUACUGUAUGGUUUGGACAUUGAUAGCCGUAUUUUGAGUAUUGAAUCAUCAUACCUUUGUGUUUCAGCUGGGACUGCAAUCAUUUUUUGUGAUUGUGCACAGCAAGUGUUUACAGAAGUAUGCAAAACAAGGCAGAGAGGAUGAUUAAUGCUGGCAUAAUGAAUGUGCCUGGACUGUGAUGGUAGCAUAAGAUGAGUAAGGGCUGUAACAAGAUUCCUUUUAUGUUUGUCAUAAAUUAUUUGGAGUCCUGUAGGUAAUACUAAUUUCAGAAAUAAAUUCUGUGCUACUACUGUAAGCUACUCUGGUAGACAGGCACUGUUCCAUUACCAGAUAUUUCAAAAAGCACACUAUUAUUUGAAUAAUGUAUGUCCAUCUUUGUUGACAAAGCUGGGCCAGUUGUUGCAUAUUAGCAGCUGUGUAAUUUAAAAUGUAUUAUUUAAAUGAAAGUAGAACUGACCUCUGCCUUACAACAGAAUUUCAAAGCCUGAUACUUUAAUCCCCCCCAAAAAGUUAUGUUCUCCAUAUUUAAAAACUCAUUUCACAUUUAUUAAUCCAGUACAUUGAUUCAUUUCUUCCCUUCUAAUGUGCAGUAUCUUAUCAGAUUACACAUUUUCUUCUUUAUCUUGUUAUACUGAAUUGAACUGUUUCAAAUUACAGGAAUUUCCUGGCUUUAACAGUGCACCUAAUUUUUUUUUUGGUUAGACUUGUACUAUUGCAAUACAGAAAAUGUGUGAUGUGAACCAGAGUGUUACUCAAAUUUGAAGUUUCUGGUAGGCUGCAUGAUGUCUGAUUGUGAGAUGUGUGUAGUUAUUUAUUUAUUUAUUUAUUUGACAGACUAUCUUGGAAGACUCUGGUAGCUUUACUGUAAUCUUUUUUUUAAUAUAUCUGUUACCUUUUUUCCUCCUCUUUUAUUUUUUUCUUUUAAUUUAUAUUUUAAGAUUGUGAUUUAUGACCUUUUUAAUUCCAGAGGCUUGAUUUUUUUGAAAUUUUCUCAGUUGCCUUCCCCAGUUGUUUAGUUAGAUGAAUAUGUACUGCUUACCUUUUCAUUCUUUUUAAAAAUGUUGCAUUCUGUUCGUUUUGAAGUUGGCUACAGUUUUACAUAUAUGUAUUUGUGGUUUAUUUUGCUUGCUUAAAUCAUCUCUUUUAGUAAGCUUUUGCUUAAGCGUGUUGAGAGUUGGCAUGCCAGUGUAACCUUAACACAAGACAAUACAGACCCUAAGUUUUAAUCGACUUUUAAAAGCAUUUUCAUUUCUCAAAUAAUGUAAUUUGUGUUUAGCGUGUUUGGAAUGUGUUUGUUGUUUUUCAUCCUGAAGUCUGUGCUAGUGAAAAUGCAAAACACAGAUAAAUGUUGCUGUACCUUUUUUUGAAAACUUCAGAGCAUCUCUUGGCAGAAUGAGCAGUCGCCAUGCCAUGAUGGUUUGUAUUUUUUUUAAAGUCUGAGGAAUCAUUUAGACCAUUCAGAAGAAAGAAGUUGCAGUUCUUCCUUCUGUCUGUUCCCCAGAUUUUAAUAUUUGACCCUGUUGCAGACAACUUUGAAAACCGUCAAUUUGUCAAGUCACAUUCUCACUUGCAUCAUAUUUGCAGUAUUCCUGCUGCUUAAUUGAUUUUGUUCUGUAUAUAUUUACAUACCUGUUUUGACUUUGCUGUUAAGAAGCAGUGAUACAGUCUUAUAUUACUUACCUUGCCGUAGUCUUUCAGUCACUUUUUAAUUUUUUCAAAGCUCCUUCAUUUUGAUGUGUAUAUAAUAGUAUCAAAAAUAACCAUUCUGUUUUCUUGAGGUCUUUAGUAUUCAGUAAAAAUCAUUCGAUGUUAAGUUUAGCAUUCACUUUAAAGUAUGCUUCUGUUGCUUUCAUUCCCUGGGGCAGCCUACACACAUCUUGCAUUCCAGAGUAUUUUCUGAAAAAUAAACUUAAAAAGAAAAAAGCAUAA